GUUAUCCGGGGGGGAAGUGGGUUGUGCUAAUGGAUUUUCCGAUGGGAGUACAUAGACCCACAUAACACGUUUUAAGAUGUUAAAUGUUACACAUGUAGUAACCUCGGCAGGUGUGCUACAUGCUAAACCACAGAUGUUACGCGCCAGGCAUCGACUCAUGUAAAAGGUUAUGGAUUCGAGCCUUGCUUGUUUUAUCCUUUUUGUCUUGACUGGCUGUGUCAGAUGCUCUUUUGAUAACCAUCACCACAAUGGCACCCGUCAGUAUGAUUACUGUGUGCUUGGAGCCGGACCUUCAGGACUGCAGAUGGGAUACUUCCUUUCCAAGGCUAAAAGAGACUACAUCAUCUUGGAGAGGAACUCUGGACCGGGCAGCUUCUUUAACAAGUAUCCCAGGCACAGGAAGCUCAUCAGCAUUAACAAGAUCUACACAGGGAGACAGAACCAAGAGUUCAACAUGCGCCAUGAUUGGAACUCGCUGCUGAGUGAUAAACCCGACCUUCUGUUCAAGAGAGUGAGCACUGAGUUUUACCCUCCUGCUGAUGCCUUCCCGCUCUAUCUGUCCAUGUAUGUGAAGGAGCUCGGGCUUAAGGUCCGGUAUGGUGUGGACAUUGGAAGGAUCAGAGCAGUGCAAAAAGCCACUGGCAGGAAGUACAUCCUGACUGACCAGCAUGCGUCUGACUACACAUGCAGCGUCCUUCUGGUGGCCACAGGUUUGUGGGUUCCUCAGAAGGUAGAGUUUCUUGGUUCUGACCUGGUUGAAGGCUAUGAGUCGAUAUCCACUAACCCCGAGGACUACAAGGACCAGGCCAUACUUAUUCUGGGCAAGGGGAACUCGGCUUUUGAAACGGCCCAGAGUCUCUUGGGAAAAGCGAGUGUUGUGCACAUGCUCAGUCCCAAUCCUGUGCGACUGGCUUGGCAAACACAUUAUGUUGGAGAUCUCAGAGCUGUGAAUAAUGAGCUUUUAGACACAUAUCAGCUGAAGUCCCUUGAUGGUUUGUUGGAGGCAAAACUGGAGAAAAUAGCUAUCGCUCAACGAAAGGAUCAAGGCAGGAGGAGAUCUGGUGGGAAGAAGGAAGAGAAGAGGGGACAGCUGUAUCUGACUCUUAAUAGGUACAUACAACAUCAAGAGGAGAAAAACAGCUCUGAGGUGUCAGCAGAAGAGCUGCCAGGCUAUCAUGCUGACAACUUUGCUGCGCGAAAGCCCUACGACCGUGUGAUUCGUUGUCUUGGAUUCCGAUUCAACUUCAGCAUAUUUGACAGCUCUGCCUGCCCACCGAACAGUGAAAAUGCAAAAGGGAGGUUGCCCGGGGUGACAGCCUGGUAUGAAGGGGUGAACACUCCUGGCUUGUUUGUGCUGGGAACAGCUUCUCAUUCGAGAGACUACCGCUCAUCUGCUGGGGGCUUCAUCCAUGGGUUCCGUUACACAGUACGAGCUGUACAUCAUGUACUUGAACAGCGUUACCAUAGUAACCGCUGGCCAUCGACUAAGCUGUUGACAACGCAGCUGCUGUCCUGGAUUCUGAAGCGUGUCGGUGAGGCCUCUGGGCCGUACCAAAUGUUUGAGGUGCUUGGGGAUGUUAUACUUCUUCGAGGCUCCCACUGUGAGUACGUGGAAGAGUUUCCCCUCCAGGCCUUGCCUCAGUUCUCGUCUCUCUCGGGCCAUGACGUUUUCAGCCAUGGACUGAUAGUUGUAGUCCUGCAGUAUGGGAAGAAGAAGAUAGACUAUCUGGGGAAAAACAGGAGUCAAAGUGACUGGACCAAAGCGUCAGAAUCGCAGUUUCUGCACCCUGUGUUGUACUACUAUGACAGACUUCCUACAGAGGAAGAAAUGAAGCUCCGUCCCCAUGGCUGGCCCUUACCAACACCCAAGGCAGUUCAUCACAUAGUUGAAGACUUCCUCACAGAAUGGGACGGUCCUGUGUCUCAUGUUCAGCCACUGCGGCGUUUCCUGGAGCACUGUGUGCAGACGGACCUCAGGGCCUUCUAUGCAGAAUCAUGUUUCCGUUUAUCCCUUACCCACCGCAAGCCGCCCCUGUUUUGUCAGCAAGGGUACUUGGAGCAGCAGGGUGUCACUCACGACAGUCAACUGUGGCAACACAGUCACGACACCGUAAUGAUGCCCGCUGAGCAAGAUGCAGACACAUCAGGGGCCGACCCUGUUUUCCCCAACUACCUGGCACAAGCUGGAGCGUCCGUGUCUUCAGGGCUGAAACUUGACUUCUGAUUGUUUUACUCAAGUGUGUUAAAACAAUGCUUAUGAUGCUGUUUAGGUCCCUCAGACUUGCUACCUCCAGCACCCUCCGCAUAUAUUUUUGACAGAAUGCUAUCCCAUAUAUUAAUGGUUCCCAACCUUUUUGGCUUGUGAUCCCUUAAAAUAAAUUUCUACUUGCAACUCUUCAUCACCAGAUGAAAAGGUACAGAACUCGACUAUUUCAACCAAAGAGUAAUUUUCCUUUUUUUAUUUUAUUAAUAAAAGUAAAAUUAUCCAUUAAUACACAAGAAACAAACAGAUUAGGGGAAGGCAUAAAAUAAUGAUGAUCACCAAGCAGCCCACAGGUUGGAAACUACUGUUUAUCACUGGAGGGGCACUUUGUCCCUUUGAAAGCUCUCUUAUUAUCAUUCCUACAAAAUAUUUAUAUAUAUUGUAAUAUACCAUUUUCAUAUCAUGGAAAUAUUAUAUAAAACUAUAUUGGUGGAGGUGGGUGUUCCAAAAUUAUUAGGCAUUCUACAUUUUACAUGAUGUUAGCUGAUUAAACAUACAUUACAAAGGAAA